AGAGAUGUGUUCGGAAUGCCUCAAAAUACCUGGUCCCCAUUUUAUUUAUUCCUUUGCCCCUCAUUAGGACGUGCCUUCGACAUCACGUACAUCCGGCUCAAGUUUCACUCGAUGCGACCCGAGAGCUUCGCGGUCUACAAGCGGACGCGGCCGGGCUCGCCCUGGGUGCCGUACCAGUACUACAGCUCAACGUGCCACGACACGUACGGCCUGCAGUCGAGCACGUACGCGACGCGCGACGACGAGACGAAGGCGCUGUGCACGGGCGAGUACAGCGGCCUGUCCCCGCUGUCUGGAGGCAACGUGGCCUUCUCGACGCUCGAGGGACGGCCCUCGGCUUUCCACUUCGAGCACAGCAAGCUACUGCAGGAAUGGGUAACAGCCACUGCCAUUCGCAUCGUGCUCACUCGCCUCAACACGUUCGGCGAUGAGAUAUUCGGCGACAAACAGGUGCUGCGGUCUUACUACUACGCCAUCGCGGACUUGGCUGUUGGAGGACGGUGCCAGUGCAAUGGCCACGCAAUGGCCUGCGACCCGGGACCCGGCGGCGUGCGUCAGCUGCAGUGCCGCUGCGAGCACAACACGGCAGGCGACAACUGCGAGCGCUGCAUGGAUCUUUUCAACGACCAGGCAUGGGGCAGAGCCACCUCCACCGACGCCCACGAGUGCCAGCCGUGCAACUGCAACGGCCGGUCGCGCAAGUGCUACUUCGACCAGGAGCUCUUCGAGCGCACGGGCCACGGCGGCCACUGCGUCAACUGCUCGGACAACACGGACGGCCCCAACUGCGAGCGCUGCCGGGAGAACUACUAUCAGAACAGCGACGGCCGCUGCAUACCGUGCGAAUGCGACCCCAUCGGCUCCCGGAUGCUCCAGUGCAACAGCAAGGGCCAGUGUCCUUGCAAGCCGGGCGUCGAAGGACAGCGUUGCGACCGCUGCGCUCCAAACUUCUACGAUUUCUCAGAGCAAGGAUGCAGGUUAUGCGGUUGCAGCCAAGCAGGCAGCGUGGACAGCCCUCCGUCGUGCAACCCGGACACGGGCGUGUGCCGCUGCAAGGCCAACGUGGAGGGGCGCCAGUGCGACCGCUGCAAACCCGGCUUCUUUAACCUUCAGCGCGACAACGAGUUCGGGUGCACCCCUUGCUUCUGCUUCGGGCACUCGGCUCUGUGCCAGAGCGCGCCCGGUUACUCGCGCUACAGCCUGCUCAGCACUUUCGCCAGAGAUAAGGAGCACUGGAAGGCGGCGGACGCCCAUGGUCGCAGCGUGAACACCCGCCACGAGUACGCCGCCCACCAUUUGGCUGUGGUGGCGCCCGGAAACGAAGCCGUCUACUUCCUCGCACCAGACCGGUACCUGGGCGACCAGCGUGCCUCGUACAACCAGAACCUCACGUUCACCCUGCGUAUCGGCGAGGAAGGACCGCAGUCCUCGGUCGAGGACAUCGUGCUGGAAGGGACCCACGGCAGCGUGUCGCAGCACGUCUUCGGCCAGGGCAACGGGCUGCCCUCCAUACGGAACCAGGAGUACCGCUUCCGGCUGCACGAGGACCCGCGCUACGGGUGGAACCCGACGCUCAGCUCGCGCGAGUUCAUCAGCAUCCUCUCCAACCUCACCGCCAUCCGGAUAAGGGCCACAUAUGUGCCACGAGGCACGGGCUUCAUCGACAACAUUCAGCUGCAGUCGGCGCAGCGUUCCCAGUACGGCACCGAGGCCGCCACCUGGGUCGAGAUGUGCAGCUGCCCUGAGGGUUACGUGGGCCAGUUCUGCGAGUCCUGUGCGCCGGGAUUCCGGCACGAUCCGCCGCGCGGAGGCAAAUUCUCCCGCUGCGUGCCCUGCAACUGCAACGGACACGCGCUCAUCUGCGAACCGGACACCGGGCACUGCAUCUGCCAGCAUAACACGGCGGGCGAGUUUUGCGAGCGUUGUGCGCCGCGCUACUACGGCAACGCGCUGGCGGGCACCCCGGACGACUGCCAGCCGUGUCCGUGCCCUGACCAGGGCGCCUGCGCCGUCCUGCCUGACGAGAGCGUCGUCUGCCUCGAGUGCCCGCAGGGAUAUUCCGGAAGGAGAUGCGACCUGUGCUUCGACGGACACUACGGUGACCCGCAAGGAAACUUUGGGCCGAAGGUGCCUUGCAAGAAGUGCGAAUGCAACGACAACAUUGACCCCAACGCUGUGGCCAACUGCAACACAACUACUGGCGAGUGUUUGAAGUGCGUGCACAACACGACGGGCUUCAACUGCGAGCGCUGUUUGCCCGGACACUUCGGAGACGCGCUGUCCGUGCCCAAGGGAGACUGCAAGCCGUGCGACUGCCACCGGCUGGGCUCGAUGGAGGACUCCGAGUGCGACCCGCGCACGGGCCAGUGCGCCUGCAAGGCGAACGUGGCUGGCCGCCAGUGCGGCCAGUGCCGCGAGGGCUACUGGAACCUGCAGAGUGGAGACGGCUGCGAGGCCUGCAGCUGCAACCUGGUCGGCUCGUACAACCGCACCUGCGACCAGCGCACGGGGCACUGCCACUGUCGACCGGGCGUCACCGGAAAGCAGUGCGACCAGUGCCUGCCGUACCACUACGGAUUCUCGCCCGAUGGUUGCGUGCCCUGCGACUGCGACAGCCAGGGCUCAGUGUCGCUGCAGUGCGCUCCUGACGGCCAGUGCGAGUGCCGGCCAAACGUGGAAGGUCGCCGCUGCGAGCGUUGCAAGGAGAACAAGUACAACAAGGAGGCCGGAUGCGUUGACUGCCCGACGUGCUACAACCUUGUGCAAGAUGCGGUCAACGAGCACCGCGACAAAGUGUCCGAGCUGGCGCGCCUGUUGGACAACAUCGAGAAGAAUCCUCAGAUUGUCAAGAGCGUCGACUUCGAGGAGAAGCUCGAGCAAGUGAUGACCAUCGUGAACGGCCUCUGGAAGGACGCCAAGCAGGCAUCUGGCACCGGUGAGAGCCUGGCCGAGCGAUUGGACGAGCUGCUGCGGCGCAUCAAGAAGGUUCAGGAUAUCGCUGGAAAGAUCGGCCUCGAGAUCGCUCUCGCCGAGAACAUCGUGGAGGGCGCCGAGCGCAACAUGACCAGCGCCGAGGCGGUCGUCGAGCGCAUCAAGUCCACCCUGAUGCAGGCCCAGAAGUACCUCGAGGACGAGGCACAGAACGCGCUCAAGAGGGCGCUCGAACGAUCCGACCGAUACGGACAGCAGUCCGAGAUGAUGUCGCAGAUCGCGCGCGACGCUCGACAGCUGGCCGACAGGCACGAAAGCGACGCCCAGGAGAUCGCUCAUUUGGCUGCGGAUGCACUCAACACAUCAUUGGAAGCACGAGCCAUCGCCGAAGGAGCCCUCAGCACGCAGGACAAGACAGAGAGCGAGAUAUACCUUCUCAAAAACAGGAUGCGCGAGAUCAUGGACCUGAUGCUGCGCACCAAGAAGAUGGCCGAGGAGGCGAGGGAGGAGGUUCGCCAGGCGUACGACGACGCCCUGCGAGUCCUGGCUGAAGCCACGUCGGUCCAGAUGCCGGAGAUCGACGUCGAAGAGCUUUCUCGCCGGGCGCAGGAAAUUAUCGACGAGGCCGGUCGUAUCCAGAAGGAAGCCGACGAGCUGCUGGAGAAGCACCGCGCCGUCCUGGAAAGGGUGGGGCCUCAGCGCCAGGACGCCGAGGAUCUCCUCGCUGAAGCACAUCGCCAACAGCAGAUCACCGACGGACUGCUGGCCGAGGUGGACACGGCGUUCGCUAAAGCGAAACAAGCGGCCGCCGAGGGCGAAAGGAUCCUCGAGGAAGCCCAGAACACGCUCCAGGUGCUCAAAGAGUUCGACGAAAACGUCAAGGCCAGCAAGGACAAGGCAUCGGCGGCGCUGCAACGCGUGCCCGAGAUCCGGGCGCUCGUCGAGGAAGCCGAGAACAAGACCCGGGAUGCCCGGGGCGCGCUCAAGGACGCCGAGGCAGACGCCAACGCUGCCAGCGACAUCGCAAAGGAGGCACAGAGGAUCGCCGAGCAGGCCUCCAAGGACGCGAUCAAUGUGCGCGACGAAGCGGACAACGCCAAGACGUCGGCGCGCCAGUUGGGAGACGAAGCCGAGGAGCUGGCUCGCAAGGUCGAGGACACUGAUGCGCGCAUGCGCGAGUUCGAGAAGCAGGCCCGUGAUGACGAGGCACUCGCUAAGGAGGCCCUGGAAAAAGCCAACGAAGCCAGGACAGGUGCAAAGCAGGCCUCGGACAAGGUCAGAGCUGCCAUGGCCACGGUCAACGACAUUCUCAGGGCCCUGGCGAACGUGGACAGCGUGGACCCGGGCCGGCUGGACCAGCUGGAGCGUCGCCUGAUGGAGGCUGAGCGCGAGGCCGAGGCGGCGCGCCUGGACGAGCGGCUGGAAGAGCUUCGCGCAGCGCGCCAGCAGCAGCAGGGCUGGAUGCACGACUACGAGGCGCAGAUCGAGCAACUCAAGAGGGACGUGGCCAACGUGAAGGACAUCAGCGACUCUCUUCCCGACCGCUGCUUCCGGCGCAUCAAGCUGGAGCCAUGAGUGUCGUCCAUCCACUGGGACGAGGGUUGUGGGCGCCAUUAGUGGGAACUCGUUUUGAAACGUUGUGUGUGUGGUUUUUUUCUCUUCCUUUUUAUUAGUAAUUCAGAACAGGUCACGCACGUGCAUGUUUGCGUUGAGUUUCUCUCGCUCCCUCUAGCGUCAUGCAACGGAACUGCGUGCUCCCAACGCUUCCCUCCGUGUCACGGCUAAUUUGGGUUGAAAAAUGUUAAUGCGUUCUUCAUUACAUAAUUUAUGGGCACCAAUCAGCUUCGGCAAGGAUAUGGGACAAACAGUGUUGGCCACGAAGUGCAUUAUCAAGUUUGCGUUUUUUGUUGCUAUUCGUGGUGCAAAAAAGAGACCAGUACGCGACGAAUCAUUUAUCUCACUUGUAAACUAGUACUUUGUACCGGAUGGUUUACGCAUGUUGGAAUACAGGCGUAAACCAUCCGUAAACCAUUCGUAAGCCAUGGCGAGAGCGUUCGGCGAUUGUAAUUGAGGGCUUUACCUGGUCACUUCGCGAAGCAAGAGCGGGAAUACUGCCACUUACAAAGAAAAAACGCACGUAAGUGUCUGUACUUGACGGAAACUGUUUUUUGGAAUGAACAACAGAACGCUGCCGACCAACGAACAAGACGGAAGGACUUCGCAAUGAGUAUGGAAAAUAGUCUUUUCUUAUUUCAUAGGGCAUUGCGUGAAUACGCAGUUUGAGAAAGCUAAUGGAUCUUGAUUAUGGUGCUUGUAAUUCUUUGGUCUGAUGUUCUCUGUUUAAGCAAAAACGAUUGUAGUUGAAGGGACCGCCCGCGGUCCCAGCCGCGUUGAUGGGAACACUACGGGAGCUGUGAAUGUCAUAAGUUCGUUGUCUGUGUCGUAAACGAAUGUAUCUUGUUUCUGUUUCUUUUUUACAUCGGCAAAUCACGAGCAAAAAAAGUAAAAAAAGAAAUGAAGUUCCCGCAAUGUAAUGAAUGUUUUAAAUGUGCGUUUCUCUUUACACUGUGAAUGAGCUCUUCAGGCCAGUGGAGAAUACACAUCGUUGACAUAACUUAUUCAAGGAAAGCAGUGGACCAAGUUUUUCUUCUUGUACAGUUACAGGUUAUAUCGUACUUCAAAAGUCGUUCAUUUUUCAGUCAUCUGAAGUCGCUUAGAGAACGCGCGUCGCGUCUCUUGCGUGCUUUUAUAAUACUUAAAAGAAGUCUCCAGUGGAAGCGUUUUUGUUAUUGUUUUCUUUUUUUCGCCUCACUUCAGAAACUGCAUUUGAAGGGUUUUAAGUUAUUGCAGUCGUACUCCGCGCGAGCUGUGCAUAAUCAUUUCAAAACUCUUAUGUGCCUUACACCCACCACACGUCGUGCGCUGAACGACUCCUUCCCACGACGAGCGCUUGCCGCGCAUAAAGCGACGCGCAGCUUUUACAAUGUGUCGAGCUGCAAUAAAAAUGAACCACCGCUCUUUUAUUAUUCUCUGCGUCCAUGGGCGGGCGAACAUCAUGUGUACAGAGUGCAAUAGUAUGUACUAAGAGAUUAGAAGAACUGAGCGGUGGGUGAGCUGGUAUUGCAUUCCGGACUACUAGACUGUAGGACGCAUCUCAUUUUUGUUUGUUCUUUGUAUAGCCUUUCGAACAUAAUACAAUUUUUUGUUGUUGUUUUUUAUUCGCUACUCAGACAAAGUGUCAUGGUAGAAGAUGAAAAGUACUGGUUGUUCUGAGACUGCCACUGUGUACUGAAUGCCAGAGCGAUAACCAGUGCCCAAAAAUAUGCCGCGUAUUUUUUUUUUUUAACGUCAUGUGUGCAUUUAAUAAAGAACAAUUAAACCCGUUG